AUGGUGGACUGUUUGAAGAUCUUUGAUUGGAUAUGUGACACUUCGGGUGACCAGGCUGACAAUUCCAGCAACCAGGAUCAGAUCUCUCCGACUUCUCAGUGGCUUGAGAAGGACGAGAUCUUUGAAUUCCAAUUCCCUGCUGAGUUGGCCAUAAAUGUCCAAGCGAUGCCUGAAGAACUCUUGACCCAGCUGGCGGGAAGUGGAUGUCAAAUUCCUGAGGUCGAGGAUCGAGCGAUCGAGCUCAAGCAGUUGCUCUUUGUGUUAGCCUGCAUUCGCUGCGGAUGCCUUCAACAUUCUUGGUCUGAUCAGCAAGGCCGUGCUUUGACACCUGAAGAAGUGAACCUCUACCACUUGGUGGAUUUGCUGGUGAAGCCUGCCACCGCUGCAAGAGAGUGCAGCUUUGUGGAAUUGAUGGCUGAGGGGCCUCAGCCAUGCAAAUGGUUUGUCUCCCACUGGUGGGGCGAGCCAGUGUGCGAUUUUACUGCUUGCUUGCGACAGCAUUCCAAAGAUCGGAACCUCAGAAAGGCAACACUCUACUACUGGGUUUGUGCUUAUGCCAACAACCAGUGGAACGUCCGCGGCGAGAUCGGAGAAGAUCCUUCCGACAGCAGCUUCAGACGGGCCAUGAGAAAAGCCUCCGGUACAGUCUCAAUUGUGGAUAAGAGCGCUGUAUGCUACACGCGCAUUUGGUGUAUCUAUGAGACCUACAUUUCGACGCUGGAGCAAGCUUCCCACACUCAUGGCGAACGCUACCUCUUCGACAUCUACACCAAUGAGAACCCCGAUGCACGGGAGGCUGUAGGUAUCACUGAUGGCCUAGCAGCCAUCGACGGCACGGGCCCGAAGCAAGCGAGGAGAAAGCGGCACCGUGAAUGGCGCUUUCCUUUCGAGCUGAUACAGAAGGCCUUGGAUAUCAGGGUGGAGAAGGCUUUUGCAAGUCAGGAAGAGGAUCGGCGCAUGAUCUUGAACUCCAUUGCAGGGCUGGAGGAAUUGACACUUCCUCCCGCUGAAGUGCACGAAGGCUACAAUCUUCUGAACAAUGUGCUUCAUGGUCGCUUCUCGGCUGCUUCCUUUGCGAAAGCCUCUGCAACGCCUGGCGUUGACCUGGCGCGGCACGCGGAAGCUUUAUCCUUUUCCUUGCUGGAGUCGCUCACCAUCCACUUCGGUGGGGAUUGCCUGGAGAAGCUGAUGGACAAGGCCGUAGUGAUUUUGGCGGAGAACCUCCCAGAGACACUCACGGAUCUCUUCUUGGGAUUUCAGAGCUGCAGGAAACUGACGGACAUGUCGGCUGUGGCCUUGGGUGGUGCUUUGCAUCGGCUGAAGAAGUUGAAGCGAUUGGAAAUCCGACUCUCCUCAGGGCCCGACAUUUCAGACGAAGGAGUCUAUGCUUUGGCCCAAGGCCUGAGGUCUUGUGCCCACGUGCUAGAGUGGCUCUCGCUGGACUUCAUGGGCAACAAGGGAAAGAAGAAGAUCUCGGAGGUAGUGGAUGCGGUGAGUGCUGAUAUGGCUUGGGGUGGAGACGAGAACAGUACUGACGAGCUGCUGGCUCGAUCCAUUGCCGGUGGGCCAGAGCGUCUAUGUCUCAGGCACUGGUCAGCGUUGCAGGGGCACAAGAUCUGA